AGAAGCCACAUUGAGGGCUUUAGGGGGACACAGAAGGCCUGGAAGGCAUGGUCCCCGCACCCCUGGCACUCGGGGUCUAGCUGUAGGCACAGACCAUGCAUGUGUUGCUUCAGGGCCCACGAAAGACUCCUACUCGGCGACGCAUCCACCAGGGGAAAUUAAUUCCUACAUAGCGACACCAACGGCCGAGGGGAUGCCGAGGAGGGGAGCAGCCGCUGUUGGGGGGGGCGGAUCAUGGCAUGCCCUUUGGAGGAGAUUGACAAGUAUCUCUAUGCCAUGCGGCUCUCCGAUGAAACUCUGAUAGAUAUAAUGACUCGUUUCAAGAAGGAGAUGAAGAACGGUCUUUCCCGGGAUUUUAAUCCGACAGCCACAGUCAAGAUGUUGCCAACGUUUGUAAGGUCCAUUCCUGAUGGUUCAGAAAAGGGAGAUUUCAUUGCCCUGGAUCUUGGUGGGUCUUCCUUUCGAAUUCUGCGGGUGCAAGUGAAUCAUGAGAAAAACCAGAAUGUUCACAUGGAGUCCGAGGUAUAUGACACGCCGGAGAACAUCAUGCACGGCAGUGGAAGCCAGCUUUUUGAUCAUGUCGCUGAGUGCCUGGGAGACUUCAUGGAGAAAAGAAAAAUCAAGGACAAGAAAUUACCUGUGGGACUCACAUUUUCUUUCCCUUGUCGACAAUCCAAAAUAGAUGAGGGCAUUCUGAUCACCUGGACAAAGCGAUUUAAAGCCAGCGGAGUGGAGGGAGCGGAUGUGGUGAAGCUGCUUAACAAAGCCAUCAAAAAGCGUGGGGAUUAUGAUGCCAACAUUGUGGCUGUGGUGAAUGAUACUGUGGGGACCAUGAUGACCUGUGGCUAUGAUGAUCAGCAGUGUGAAGUUGGCAUCAUCAUUGGCACUGGCACCAACGCGUGCUACAUGGAGGAGCUGAGGCACAUCGACCUGGUGGAAGGCGACGAGGGGAGGAUGUGCAUCAACACCGAGUGGGGGGCCUUUGGGGACGAUGGAUCCCUGGAAGACAUCCGCACCGAGUUUGACCGCGAGAUUGACCGGGGGUCUCUGAACCCUGGAAAGCAGCUGUUUGAGAAGAUGGUCAGUGGCAUGUACCUGGGGGAGCUGGUUCGACUGAUCCUGGUCAAGAUGGCCAAGGAGGGCCUUUUAUUUGAAGGGCGGAUCACCCCAGAGCUCCUCACCAGAGGGAAGUUCAACACCAGUGAUGUGUCAGCCAUUGAAAAGAAUAAGGAAGGCCUCCACAAUGCCAAAGAGAUUCUGACCCGCCUGGGAGUGGAACCGUCUCACGAUGACUGUGUUUCGGUCCAGCACGUGUGCACCAUCGUCUCAUUCCGCUCUGCCAACCUGGUGGCUGCAACGCUGGGCGCCAUCUUGAAUCGCCUUCGAGAUAACAAGGGCGUCCCCAGGCUGCGGACCACGGUUGGUGUCGACGGGUCUCUUUACAAGACGCACCCACAGUAUUCCCGGCGUUUCCACAAGAUUCUGAGGCGCUUGGUGCCUGACUGCGACGUGCGUUUCCUGCUGUCAGAGAGCGGCAGUGGCAAGGGGGCAGCCAUGGUGACGGCGGUGGCCUACCGCCUGGCUGAGCAGCACCGGCAGAUAGAGGAGACCCUGGCCCACUUCCACCUCACCAGGGACAUGCUCCUGGAGGUGAAGAAGAGGAUGCGGACUGAGAUGGACAUGGGGCUGAGGAAGCAGACAAACGACAAGGCUGUCGUCAAGAUGCUGCCCUCCUUCGUCCGGAGCACUCCGGACGGGACUGAGCAUGGUGACUUCUUGGCCCUGGAUCUUGGAGGAACAAAUUUCCGAGUCCUGCUGGUGAAAAUCCGUAGUGGGAAAAAGAGAACGGUGGAAAUGCACAACAAGAUCUAUGCCAUUCCCAUUGAAAUCAUGCAGGGCACCGGGGAAGAGCUGUUUGACCACAUCGUCUCCUGCAUCUCCGACUUCCUGGACUACAUGGGGAUCAAAGGCCCCAGGAUGCCUCUGGGCUUCACAUUCUCGUUUCCUUGCAAGCAGACGAGCUUGGAUGCGGGAAUCUUGAUCACCUGGACGAAGGGGUUUAAGGCAACAGACUGCGUGGGGCACGACGUAGCCACCUUACUAAGGGAGGCGAUCAAAAGGAGAGAGGAAUUUGAUCUGGACGUGGUGGCUGUAGUCAACGACACAGUGGGCACCAUGAUGACUUGUGCUUAUGAGGAGCCCACCUGUGAGGUUGGACUCAUCGUAGGGACUGGCACCAAUGCCUGCUACAUGGAAGAAAUGAAGAACGUGGAGAUGCUGGAAGGGAAUGAUGGGCGAAUGUGUAUCAACAUGGAGUGGGGUGCUUUUGGGGACAAUGGGUGUUUGGAUGAUAUCAGAACACACUAUGACAGAGUGGUGGAUGAAUAUUCUCUCAACUCCGGGAAACAGAGGUUUGAGAAGAUGAUCAGUGGCAUGUACCUGGGUGAAAUUGUUCGCAACAUCUUGAUUGACUUCACCAAGAAGGGCUUCCUCUUCCGGGGGCAGAUCUCCGAACCACUGAAGACUCGGGGCAUCUUUCAGACCAAGUUUCUCUCUCAGAUUGAGAGUGACCGGUUAGCGCUGCUCCAGGUCCGGGCCAUCCUCCAGCAGCUGGGCCUGAAUAGCACCUGCGACGACAGUAUCCUAGUCAAGACCGUGUGCGGGGUAGUGUCCAAGAGGGCCGCGCAGCUGUGUGGUGCAGGCAUGGCUGCCGUGGUGGAUAAGAUCCGGGAAAACAGAGGGCUGGACCAUCUCAAUGUGACCGUGGGGGUGGAUGGAACACUCUACAAGCUUCAUCCGCACUUCUCCAGAAUCAUGCACCAAACCGUGAAGGAACUGUCACCAAAGUGUAAUGUGUCCUUCCUCCUGUCUGAAGACGGUAGUGGCAAGGGCGCUGCCCUCAUCACGGCAGUGGGUGUGCGGCUCCGGGAGGAGACGAGCUGCUAAGAGGCCUGGACCCCGAGCCCGCUGCCCUUCCAGCACCUCUCUCUCCAAGCGGCGCCCCACCGUUCUUCCAGCAAGCUGUGCUGGGAGACGCCAGCACCAGAGCCCGCCACUGCCACAGCAGGGAGGAAAACAGAAGCCAACUAACGGCUCAUAACGUAGGGUACAAAAUAGAGUGUGUGCUGUUGAUAAUAUCUCUCACCUUGAGGUCCCUCCUCACCCGCCCUGCCACUCUGCAUGAUUUGAUUUCAACCUGGCCAUAUGGUCCCCACGUGUGAAGUUUCGUGGCGUCCAUUUCUAAUUUAUGCAUUCGUCCAACAGUUAUUUAUUGGCCUGAGAUGAAAAGUCACACCAUCUGACAGGCCCUGUGGGCGUCCGUAGCCCGUCCUUGGGGAUGAAUCCCCUGUGUGAAACGUAUUAUCACCAGCAGACACUGCCGGGGCUCCUCCCAGGGGCGCGCGCCCCUUCCUUCCGUCCCAGCACCUACUGCUGUCUGGCGUCCCGAGGUUCCCGUCCGGGCACGUCAGUGCCACUGGAUUGUGUGUCUGUGGACCUGGUCAUAGCCACGUUGUGACUGUCUUGCAUUCUAUCUUGUGGGGGGGAGGUAGGCAGUCCUGUGGCAAAGUGUCUUGUCUCUAUUUGCCUAAAAGGAACCAAUCAACAAAAUAGUGCCCUCAUUGGAAUGUCCCAUCGCUUCUGUGAGCCAUGUCGUAUGACCUAGUAAACUUUGUACCAAUUCAAA